AUGAGCGCCGGUGACUUGCAGCCCAGCUCCCCCGCCAGCCCGCAGCCCCGCCGGGCGCCCGACAUGGCCGUGUACUGCGCCGAGCACUUCGGCGCCUACCCGCAGCCCGCCGCCGCGGCCGCCUCCUCCACGCCGCGGCCGGCCGCCUACGCCCUGGCCGACUACGGGGCGCCGGCCAACGCCGGCUACCUGUGGGGCGUGAGCGGCCCGGCCCCGUACCUGCAGGGCGGCCCGGGCCGGCCGCCCCCUUCCUGCCGCCCGCCUCCUACGGCUGCUCGCGGGGCGCCCUCCGCGCCGGGCUCGCCCUCGCCCGCGGCGGCCGAGCUGAGCUGGCUGAGCCUGGCCGGGCAGGAGGAGCUGCUGCGCCUGGUGCGGCCGCCCUACUCCUACUCGGCGCUGAUCGCCAUGGCCAUCCAGAGCGCGCCCGGCCGCAAGCUCACGCUGAGCCACAUCUACCAGUACGUGGCCGAGAACUUCCCCUUCUACAAGCGCAGCAAGGCCGGCUGGCAGAACAGCAUCCGCCACAACCUCAGCCUCAACGACUGCUUCCGCAAGGUGCCCCGCGACGAGGACGACCCGGGGAAGGGGAACUACUGGACCUUAGACCCAAACUGUGAGAAGAUGUUUGACAAUGGGAAUUUCCGGCGCAAGCGCAAACGGCGCUCUGAGCCUAACACCCCCACUGUGGUGUCCUCUGGGGGGGCCCUGAAGGCUGAGGAAGGGCGUCCCAUCCCGGCUGCUGCAGGCAAGCCCUGUGGAAACAGCCCCUCCCCAGAGCUGGAACUAUCACCUGCCAGGGACCAUCCCAAAAGCUCCUCUUCUCCGGGCAUCAUCUCAGCCACCCCAGGCUGCCUGAGCACCUUCUUCAGUAGCAUGAGCUCACUGAGCAGCGGAGGGAGCCGCCUGGCAGGAGGCUUCAGCAGGGAGCUGCACCAUCGGAACUUCCCCACUGGGCAGAUGAGUGGUGGCACCUUCACUGCCUCCUCCAGCAGCUCCUCCCAGGAGGGGCACCCACCAGACCAGCUGCAGCGAGUUCCGGGGCCCACUGCUGCCUAUUACAACUCCUUCCACCCCAGCAGCAGCCAGGGUGCCCAGUACAACCAUUACUACAACUUCACAGUAAACAGCCUCAUCUACGCCCGGGAUGGCACCGAGGUGUAGGGCAUGGAUUGCAACUCGACGGAACGAGAAAGGCUGGUUCAUUCAGCAAUGAGGAAGACCCCAGGCUUUUGCAAACUGCGUUUGAAGCAGGACACUUGCAGUAUGUUUUCCCAGGAAGAAAAACUUACAAUCUAUUAAAUAUAUAUGUACACACACACAAUGUGGAGUAUUUCCCUACUCGUCCCUGCAAAAUCACUGAUCCACACAGGAUGCCUGUUUGCCACGAAAUUCUGCAAAUGAGAACCAGAACUGGAUUAGUGACUUCAGAGGUUUUUAAUCUUGAAUGUAGAGUUAAAAAAAUAACUACAAAGAGAAAGCAGCAAGGACCAAAUAUAGACACAUAGCAGGGGAAUAUUGCCUGUUGGUCAUUUAUUUGUGAACCUCUGUUUACAAGUGCUUUGGUCUUGGAAGAGAAAAAAAAAUGAAGAGAUUUCUAAUGAAGUGCCUUCUAAAAAUCCCUAUGUCCGUGAUUGCCUGUUUAGGUAAUUGCUUUAGGCCUCGAUCCUGCAGUGUACAAUGCCUGGGUAGAUUCUUUGCCCACACAGAACCCCUUUAGAUACAGAGUGGCUCCAUGCGGGUUCGCCAGGCUGCCUGUGCUUUGUAUAUUGAAGAAUCAGAGCCUUAAUUUUGUAAAAGAAUCGUUUUACUUAAGCUUAGUACCAAAGACACACAAUCUAGCCAUACAGCUUUUAGCAAGAGAAUAAACACAGUGAAUAUUUUUAUACAUAUUUGUACGUAAUGUACUACUCUGUACAUACAUUUCUAUGGGAUUUUAUAUUUGUAAAUUAUGCUCUGGAGUUUGUACUUAUUUAUAAUGUGUUUGACAUUUGGGAAAGUUUAUUUUGCCUUUCCUUUCCCUAACCCCCAUUCCCCUCCUCCUUUUUUUUAUUGUAGUGUAUGAAUGAAACUUUUCA